AUGAGGCUCCUUGCUUCCACCCACUACUGUUUUUCAACUGGACUUACCCUCCCUAUAUUUCCUUUCCUAUUCCUCCGACCUUCUUCUGCCUUUACCGUCAACGCCAACGUCACAGACUUCCUACGAACAUGCGACGCAUGGGCUCUCACCGUUGACGGCGGAACACCUCCAUACUCGUUCGAUUUCUUCUCCCUGUCUUCAGGAGAAUCUCAGCUAGACUUUCAUGACACGCUUGAAGCAGGAUUGACCCGCUAUAUUUAUGUCAAUCGUGCAGAUCCUGGAUCUACUUUGUUGGUUGGCCUCUUCGUUGCCUACAAGAAGCAUCUUCGAAAAGGCGCGGAGACGUCCACUGAGGCACAAGAUGCACCCCCUCGGCCCUCCGAAUGCACUCGAUCUCUGGAAUUAAAGCCCGUCGGACGGCCAACGACAGAUAACACCACGCGUCAGAAUAAUCGGUUUCUUACAUCUCCACGGACUACAUACCACAGCGAUAGAACAAUGCGAAACAUCCGCAACGUGGAUGUAGACCCAGGAAUACGUCAAGACGAUCAAUACAUCGAAGAAACCGAGCGACCGCCUUCAUCGUCAUCCCAGAGGACGAUAUCUCGAAUAUCGUCUCGAAUAUCGUCUCCUCCGCCCGAGUUGCCCCCGUUCACGUUCGGUCCAUCGCCGAGGCUUAGCGACAACAGUUUCUUGUCCCCAGCGUACCGGAGACAGAUACAAGGGACCUUCCACCUACCGUCGCAAGACGUACCCAUAGAACCAGCCCUGAGCGAAACAGACGGCGUGCUUACGAGGCUGCCCUCCAUAUCGCUCUCGACUCACCGUCCGCAAUCACCGUGA